AUGGCCGCCAGAGGCCCCGAGACGGGCCGAGCACGCCGCCCCAGCCCUCUCCCGCGGGCCCAUAUUCCUGGGCGCAGCCUCGCCCGCCGCCCCAGGGGCCUCGGGGCAGGGCCGGGCCGGCCAGAGGGCCGCAGGCAGCUGCGAGCGGGCCAGUACUGCGACAUCUGCACGGCCGCAAGCAGCAACCGGGCCCACCCCGCGAGCCACGCCGUGGACGGCACGGAGCGCUGGUGGCAGAGUCCGCCGCUGUCCCGCGGCCUGGAGUACAACGAGGUCAACGUCACCCUGGACCUGGGCCAGGUGUUCCACGUGGCCUACGUGCUCAUCAAGUUCGCCAACUCCCCCCGGCCGGACCUCUGGGUGCUGGAGCGCUCCACGGACUUCGGCCACACCUACCAGCCCUGGCAGUUCUUCGCCUCCUCCCGGAGGGACUGCCUGGAGCGCUUCGGGCCGCACACGCUGGAGCGCAUCGCCAGGGACGACGACGUCAUCUGCACCACGGAGUACUCCCGCAUCGUGCCGCUGGAGAACGGGGAGGUGGGCGGGGCCGGNGCCGCCUCCUUCCAGAACACUCCGGCGGGCCUUCAGCUGGCCUUGCCCCUGCGCACCAACACGCUGCUGGGCCACCUCAUGGGCAAGGCGCUGUGGGACCCCACGGUCACCCGCCGGUACUAUUACAGCAUCAAGGACAUCAGCAUCGGUGGCCGCUGCGUCUGCCACGGCCACGCGGACGUCUGUGACGCCAAGGACCCCUCAGACCCCUUCCGCCCGGCCGGCUUGCCCUGGCCCUGUGCCGCCUCGCCUGCCGCCGUGAGUGGGGCCGCCCCAGGGGUCCCGGGCCCUCCCUGCGCCGGUGGCCUGGCUCCGCCCCGUCCCCCGGGGCCUGGUGGCCCCGGCUUGGAGUGCCCUGAGCGCCCGCCCCUCUGCCCAGGUUGCAACUGCGAGUCCAACUUCACGGACGGGACGUGUGAGGACCUGACCGGACGCUGCUACUGCCGCCCCAGCUUCACUGGGGAGCGGUGCGACGCGUGCGCCGAGGGCUUUGGGGGCUUCCCCCACUGCCUGCCGGUGUCCUCCCUCUUCCCAGACGACACCGGCGAGCAGGUGCUGCCGGCAGGACAGAUCGUGAGUGAGUGUCCCACAGGCCCUGCCGGGCAGGCGGGCGGGCAAGGCCUGAGGCCCGGUGAGGGGCCCCGCGCUGGUCCCCUCCCUCUGGGCCCCCUGCGAGGACAUGGCCACACAGCAGACCUGCACGGGUGUGGCCCGGGCGGGCAUCAGAGAAACGAGGCCGGUCGCUCCUGCCAGGCCUGGCCGCAGCUGGCGGCCCUCGCUGGCUCCUGCCACCCCGCCGGCCUGGCUCCCGCCAACCCUGCCCGGCCCGAGGCGCAGGCCCCCUGCGUGUGCCGGGCUCACGUGGACGGCCCCAGUUGUGACCGCUGCAGGCCUGGUUUCUGGGGCCUCAGCUCCAGCAACCCUGAGGGCUGCUCACGCUGCAGCUGCGACCCCAGGGGCACGCUGGGUGGCGCUGCCCAGUGCCAGCCGGCCAGUGGCCAGUGCUUCUGCAAGCCCCACGUGUGUGGCCGGACCUGCGCCGCCUGCAAGGACGGCUUCUUCGGGCUGGACCAGGCUGACUACUUUGGCUGCCGCAGUGAGUACCCAGCUCGGGCGGGCGUUCGGGGCCUGGCGCAGCUCAUGGCGCAAUCUGGGCUGCCUGGCCAGUCCUUGUGGGCGGCGGCGGGCAUCUCUGCCCUCGUCCUGUGCUUGGGGAAGGUGCUGUGCGCGCCCCCCCACCCCGUGUCCGUGACCCCCAGGGCCUGUGCCUCCUGUGCUGGUGCCCCCCGUGACUCUGAGUGCCCGCGCCCCCCCGUCCCCACGCCGCCCGGUGCCCCCGUCCGCAGCCUGGACUCAGCCCGGUCAGAGCCCCAGGAGGCACCUGAGGCCAAGCGGCCCCGAGCCGGGCAGCCCUUGCAGCCGAAGAUCGUGGCCAGGCUGAACGUGACCGCGCCCGACCUGUUCCGGCUGGUCUUCCGCUUUGCCAACCGCGGGCCCGGCGGCGUGAGCGGCAGGGUCUCCGUGCGCGAGGACAGCGCGUUCGCCAGCUGCGCCAACUGCACAGAGCAGAGCCAGCCCGUGGCCUUCCCGCCCAGCACGGAGCCCGCGUUUGUCACCGUGCCCCAGAGGGGCUUCGGGGAGCCCUUCGUGCUGAAUCCCGGGGCCUGGGCCCUGCUGGUGGAGGCCGAGGGGGUGCUCCUGGACUACGUGGUUCUGCUGCCCAGCGCCUACUACGAGGCUGCCCUGCUGCAGCUGCCCGUGACGGAGGCCUGCACGCACCGGCCCAACGCCCAGCGCCCUGGGGAGAACUGCCUCCUCUACACCCACUUGUCCCUGGACGGCUUCCCCUCGGCCUCUGGGCUGGAGGCCUCGUGCCACCAGGACAAUGGCCUCCCGCGGCCUUGCCGCCCGGAGCAGCUCAGCCCUGAGCACCCGCCUCUGGCCGCCUGCGAGGGCAGCGAUGUGGGUGUCCAGCUGCAGGUGGCGGUGCCGCGGCCAGGCCGCUACGCCCUGGUGGUGGAGUACGCCAACGAGGACGGCCGCCAGGAGGUGGACGUGGCUGUGCACGGGCCCCAGCAGGCCCCCCAGCAGGGGACACUCGCCCUGCACCCCUGUCCCUACAGCACCCUGUGCCGGGGCACUGCCCUGGAUGCCCGACACCACCUGAUGUCCUUCUACCUGGACACAGAGGCCAGCGUCCGGCUCACGGCCGAGCAGGCGCACUUCUUCCUGGGCACGGUGGUGUUCACCGCACAGGUGCCCGCCCUGGGCCGCUACGCCGUCCUGCUGCACGGCUACCAGCCGGCCCACCCCACCUUCCCCGUGGAGGUCCUGGUCAGCGGGGGCCGCGUCUGGCAGGGCCACGCCAACGCCAGCUUCUGCCCGCACGCCUACGGCUGCCGCGCCCUGGUGGUCUGCGAGGGCCAGACGGUCCUGGACGUGACGGACAACGAGCUGACCGUGACUGUGCGCGUGCCCGAGGGCCGCUGGCUCUGGCUGGAGUAUGUGCUGCUGGUCCCCGAGAACACCUACAGCCCCAGCUACCUGCGGGAGGUGCCCCUGGACAAGUCGUACGACUUCAUCAGCCACUGCGCCGCCCACGGCUACCACAUCAGCCCCAGCAGCGCGUCUGCCUUUUGCCGCGAGGCGGCAGCCUCGCUCUCCUUGUUCUACAACAACGGGGCCCGGCCCUGCGGCUGCCACGAGGCCGGCGCCACGGGGCCCACGUGCGAGCCCUUCGGGGGCCAGUGCCCCUGCCGCGCCCACGUCAUCGGCCGAGACUGCUCGCGCUGCGCCACCGGCUACUGGGGCUUCCCCCGCUGCAGGCCCUGUGACUGCGGCGGCCGGCUGUGUGACGAGCGCUCCGGCCUGUGCCUCUGCCCGCCGCGCACCCUGCCCCCCGACUGCCUGGUCUGCCGGCCCCUGGCCUUCGGCUGUCACCCCCUGGCGGGCUGCGAGGAGUGCAACUGCUCCGGGCCCGGCGUGCAGGAGCUCACGGACCCCACCUGCAACGUGGACAGCGGCCAGUGCAAGUGCAGGCCCCACGUGGCUGGCCGCCGCUGCGACACCUGCGCCCCUGGCUUCCACGGCUUCCCCGCCUGCCGGCCCUGCGACUGCCACAGGGCGGGCACCCUGCCCAGCGUGUGCGACCCCCUGACUGGCCGGUGCCGCUGCAAGGAAAACGUGCAGGGGCCCCGGUGUGACCAGUGCCGCCUCGGGACCUUCUCCCUGGAUGCCGCCAACCCCCGUGGCUGCACCCGCUGCUUCUGCUUCGGGGCCACGGAGCAGUGCCGGAGUGCUGCCCACGGCCGCCGCGAGCUCGUGGACAUGGAGGGCUGGACGCUGCUGAGUGGCGACCGACAGCGGGUGCCGCACGAGCUGCGGGCGGAGGCGGAGCUGCUCGGCGGGGCUAUUGCUCACACGCGGCCUCCGCAGGGAAACCAGAUGAGCGUCACCUUCCUGGAGCCCGAGUACCCCGCGCCCGGCCAGGCCCACCACGGGCAGCUGCAGCUGGUGGAGGGCAGCUUCCGGCACACGGAGACCCACAGCCCGGUGUCCCGCGAGGAGCUUAUGCUGGUGCUGGCCGGACUGGAGCAGCUGCGCGUGCGGGCCCUCUUCUCGCAGACCUCCUCGGCAGUCUCCCUGCGCAGGGUGGCGCUCGAGGUGGCCGGCGAGGAGGGCGAGGGCCCCCCGGCCAGCAACGUGGAGCUGUGCAUGUGCCCGGCCAGCUACCGAGGGGCGUCCUGCCAGGAGUGCGCCCCCGGCCACUACCGGGACAUCAAGGGCCUCUUCCUCGGCCGCUGCGUCCCCUGUCAGUGCCAUGGCCACUCAGACCGCUGCCUCUCCGGCUCAGGCGUCUGCGUGGGCUGCCAGCACCACACGGAGGGUGACCACUGCGAGCGCUGCAGCGCCGGCUUCGUGCGCGCUGGGCCUGAGCACCCCACAGCCCCCUGCGCCAGCUGCCCCUGUCCCCUCUCGGUGCCGUCCAACAACUUCGCUGUGGGCUGCGUCCUGCGAGGUGGCCGCGCGCAGUGUCUCUGCAGACCAGGCUAUGCGGGGCCCUCCUGCGAACGGUGCGCGCCCGGCUUCUUCGGGAACCCGCUGGUGCUGGGCAGCUCUUGCCAGCCCUGCGACUGCAGCGGCAACGGCGACCCCAACCUGCUCUUCAGCGACUGCGACCCCCUGACGGGGGCCUGCCGCGGCUGCCUGGGCCACACCGCCGGGCCCCGCUGCGAGAGCUGCGCCCCCGGCUUCCACGGCGACGCCCUGCUGCCGGGAAACUGCACCCGGUGCGACUGCUCGCCGUGCGGCUCGGAGGGCUGUGACCCCCACAGUGGACGCUGCCUGUGCAAGGCGGGCGUGAAGGGCCAGCGCUGUGACCGCUGUCAGGAAGGACACUUCGGCUUCGAGAGCUGCGGGGGCUGCCAGCCGUGCGCCUGUGGGCCAGCCGCCGCGAGUGCCGAGUGCCACCCCCAGAGCGGGCAGUGCCACUGCCGCCCGGGCGCGGGGGGCCCCCAGUGCCGCGAGUGUGCCCCUGGCCACUGGGGGCUCCCCGAGCAGGGCUGCCAGCGCUGCCGGUGCCAGGGGGGCCGCUGUGACCCACACACAGGCCGCUGCACGUGCCCCCCUGGGCUCAGCGGGGCGCGCUGUGACGCCUGCAGCCACCAGCACCAGGUGCCGGUGCCUGGAGGGCCCGGGGGCCCCGGCGUCCACUGUGAAGUGUGCGACCACUGCGUGGUCUUGCUCCUGGACGACCUGCAGCGCGCCGGCAGCCUCCUCCCCGCCGUCCGCGAGCAGCUGCGCGGCCUCAACGCCAGCUCCGUGGCCUGGGCCCGGCUGCACCAGCUGGAGGCCUCCGUGGCCAGCCUGCAGAGCCAGCUCCGCCACCCGCCCGGGCCCCCCCCCCACGCCCAGCAGCAGCUGGAGGCACUGGAGCAGCAGAGCGCGACCCUGGAGCAGGACACACAUCAGCUGGACGGCCAGGCCGCAGGGGCCAGAGCGCAGGCCGGGCAGCUCCUGGACAGCACGGAGGCCACGCUGGGGCGGGCACGGACGCUGCUGGCGGGCAUCCAGGCUGUGGACCGCACCCUGGCAGUGGCCCGGGACAACGCCACCCUGAGGGCCACGCUGCAGGCGGCCAGCGACGCAGUGGCCCGGCUCUCUGAGCUCGUGCUGGGCAUGGACCAGGCCAGGGAGGAGUACGAGCGCCUGGCCGCCAGCCUGGACGGGGCCCGGACGCCGCUGCUCGACAGGAUGCGGGCUUUCUCCCCGGCCAGCAGCAAGGUGGACCUGGUGGAGGCCGCCGAGGCCCACGCGAGGCAGCUGGACCAGCUGGCGCUCAACCUGUCCAGCAUCAUCCGCGGCGUCAACCAGGACCGCGUCACCCAGCGGGCCAUCGAGGCCGCCGACGCCUACAGCAGCAUCCUGCGGGCCGUGCAGGCCGCCGAGGGCGCCGCAGGCCAGGCCCUGCAGCAGGCCAGCCACGCCUGGACGGCCGUGGUGCAGGGGGGCCUGGCGCCCCGAGCCCGGGAGACACUGGCCAACAGCAGCGCCCUGGGGGCGGCCACCCUCGAGGAAUUCGUGGACAUCGCCCCCUCCUUACCUUCCCCCCCUUCCCCGCCACUUCACCCACCCGCUGCCCUCAGGAUCCUGCAGUUCGGCCACAUGUCGGUCACAGUGGAGAAGCAGACCAUUCACGAGACCAAGGGGGACACCGUGGCCCCCGGGGACGAGGGGCUGCUCAACCUGCGGCCGGAUGACUUCGUCUUCUACGUGGGGGGCUACCCCAGGGGCUUCACGCCCCCUGAACCUCUCAAUUUGCCCUGCUACCGGGGCUGCAUUGAGAUGGACACCCUCAACGAGGAGGUGGUCAGUCUAUACAACUUCGAGGAGACCUUCCAGCUCGACACAGUGGCGGACAAGCCCUGCGCGCGAUCCAAGUCCACCGGCGACCCCUGGCUGACAGACGGGUCAUACCUGGACGGUUCUGGCUUCGCCCGCAUCAGCGUGGAGAGUCAGAUGAGCAACACCAAACGCUUUGACCUGGAGCUGCGCCUGGUGUCUUCCCACGGGAUCAUCUUCUUCCUGCAGCACCAGGUGAGACGGGCCAUGACGUUCCACGGCCACGGCUUCCUGCCCUUGCCGCUCUCCGACGUGGCGCCGCUCUCGGGCCACGUGUACUCCGGCUUCGGCUUCCGCAGCACCCAGGACAGCGGCCAGCUCUACUCCCGCGCCUCCGCGGAGGGGCCCUGUGAGGUGUCCCUGCAGCAGGGGCGGGUCAUGCUGAGACUCAUGAGGACCGAGGUGAAAACUCAAGGGGGCUUUGCAGAUGGCGCCCCCCACUACGUGGCCUUCUACAGCAACAGCACAGGGGUCUGGCUGUACGUGGACGACCAGCUUCAGCAGACGAAGCCCCACCCGGGGCCGCCCCCCCGGCCGGCGCCCCAGCCAGUGGAACCCCCGCAGCUGCUUUUGGGCGGCCUCCCCAGGUCCAGCACCUCCCGCGACGGCCACAACUUCAGUGGCUGCAUCAGCAACGUUUUUGUGCAUCAGCUCCAGGGGCCUCAGCAGGUGGCCGACCUGCAACAGAGCGCGGGCGGCGUCAACGUGAGCUACGGCUGUGCCCCCCACACGCGGGCCUCGGGGCCAACCCCGCGAGGACUUCAGGCCACCGAAGCCAGGAAGGCCUCUCGCCGGAGCCGCCAGCCCGCAGACCCGGCCUGCGCCCCGCCAGGCCCGCUCAGGGCCCUGCCAGGAGCCUACCAGCUGGGCGGGGCCCCGUCCAGCCACCUGGAGCUCACAGUCCCCGGGCACUGGUCCCACCUCUCCUUGCUCGUUCGCCCUCAAGCCCUGCGGGGGCUGCUGGCCCUGGUGGCCCCCCUGAAAGGUGGCACCCCCUCCCUGGUUCUCUCCCUGCACCACGGCGGACACUUUGUGGCUCAGGUGGAAGGCCCUGGGCUCCGGCUUCGUGUCCAGAGCCACCAGCGUGCACGGGCUGGCCGGUGGCACUCGGUGUCCGUGCGGCGGAGGAGGAGUCAGCUCCAGCUGGUGGUGGACGGGGCCAGAGUCUCGGGCCAGGCUGGGCCCGGCCAGCGGCUCCAGGCCACAGAAGGCUCCCUGCCCCUCUCGCUCUUCGUGGGAGGGGUGCCCGCCGGCCGCCACCUGCUCCCGGUGGCCGGCGGCUCUGGCUUCAGGGGCUGCGUGAAGAGACUGAGACUGGACGGCAGGCCCCUGGGGGCGCCGAGGCGGCUGGCAGGGGCCACGCCCUGCGUCUCUGGGCCCCUGGAGGAGGGCCUGUUCUUCACAGGCGCUGGGGGCGUCCUCAGUCUCGCCCUCCCCGGGGCCACGCUGCCCGUGGCGGGCCUGGAGCUGGAGGUUCGGCCUCAGACGGCCACUGGCCUCCUGCUGCACCUGGGCCGGAGCCAGGCACCUCCCUACCUGCAGCUGCAGCUGCUGGACAAGCAGGUCCUGCUGCGGGCAGACGACGGCACAGGCGUGCGCUCCACCUGGGUGACGCGUCCCGCGGCGCUGUGUGACGGGCAGUGGCACCGGCUGGCAGUGACCCAUGGAGCGCGCGAGCUGAGGCUGGAGGUGGACGGCCAGCGCAACAGCACGCUGGGCCACUGGCCCGCAGCCCCCGCCGGCCGGGCAGAGCUGCACCUGGGGGGCCUGCCCGAGCCCACGGACGCAGCAGCUGAGCUCCGGGCCCGGACGCGCCCUCGGCCUCCCGCCUUCCGCGGCUGCGUGCGGAACCUGGUGGCCAACGGGUCCCCGGUCCCCUGGCUCCACGCCACGCACGUCCAGGGGGCCGUGGGGACCGGUGGCUGCCCGGCCGCCUAGCGCAGCUGGCCGUCGCUGGCCCGGCCCGUGCCCAGUGAGGGCAAGGCAUCGACUUGCAGGCGGCUUGGGGUCUGAGGGGUCCCCCUUCUCGACCUAUUAAAGAGUGACCUGUC